AGCGCGCUUCAGUCGCGCCGUGCACCCAACGUAAGUCAAUUACAUAACCGAAACACUUAAUUAAAACUCUAAGCAAACUUGAAACCAAACUGUUACCAGCAUUCGAUUGUGAUGUGUUAGUGAGUGUUACGUGUUGGCAGUGAAAAAAAACUAAUGUUCGAUGGCUUCCAAUAUAUUCAAGCAAUGAAACGCAAACGGUGUAGAGGCUACUUCGUUAUCUGCUGAUGUGAUCGACCAUGCCGUCUGCCGUCGCGACCAUGCGCUACGCACUCCUAUGCUUGCUCUCCUUCUCGCUCAGCACAACCUUCGCUUUCGUGCUCGACAAGCAAAACCCAUACUCCCAAUUCAGGAAGUGGAACGCGGGCCUCAACGGAACCAUAGAAAUUGAAUUCAAAACCGACCAGCCGAACGGUUUACUUUUGUAUACGGACGACGGUGGCACUUAUGACUUUUUCGAAUUGAAACUCGUUAAUGGAGGUUUGAGAUUGAGAUACAAUUUGGGAGGCGGCGCGCAGAUUUUAACUGUCGGAAAUAAUCUCAAUGAUGGACAUUGGCACAAAGUUCAGGUGGCCCGAAGAGACGAGCACACAACCUUGACAGUGGACGGCAUCAGCCAAACGAAAACGUCCAGAGGAAAGGAAUUCGCCUUCGGGAAGUUCACAACCAACUCUGAUGUCUUCGUCGGCGGGAUUCCACCGUCGUACGAUUCGAAAUUGGCGACCCUAGCGUUACCGUCAGUGAUAUUCGAACCUAAAUUCCGGGGAGCUGUUCGUAAUCUGGUUUAUUCAGAUCUACCGGGUCAGCCGCCGCGGAGACAGGAGUUACGGCAUUCCAGGGAUUUAAAGUCAUCUCGUAUCGGCAACGCGAGUGGGGACGCGUGCGAGAGACGUGACCCUUGCCAGCACGGCGGGGUCUGCAUCAGCACCGACGACGGACCGGUCUGUGAGUGCCGAGACGGCGAUUACGAGGGAGCAUUUUGUGAACGAGACAAAGCACCAUCGGAGGCUACGUUCCGAGGGGCCGAAUUCCUCUCCUACGACUUGACGCAAACAGGAGGAGAGCCCAUCGUCAGCACACAGGACACUAUAUCACUAUAUUUUAAGACAAGACAACCUAAUGGGCUGUUGUUUUAUACUGGUCACGAAGCAGACUACUUGAAUUUAGCGGUUCGUGAUGGUGGCGUUUCUCUUACGAUGGGUCUCGGAAACGGUAAGCAGGAGAUGCACAUCAAACCGUCUAAGACGAGAUUCGAUGAUCAUCAGUGGCAUAAGUUAACGGUGCACAGAAGGAUACAGGAGGUAACUUCGUUCACCAGUUUUUGCAGGGUAUCAGCGAUAGUCGAUGACGUAUAUUCGGAUCAUUCCCAUGUGGCCGGGUCCUUCACGAUGUUGGCGAGUUCAAGGGCUCAUGUCGGAGGAUCUUUGAAUGCCAGAGCCUUGCCCGGUGCCAGGGUCCAUACUAAUUUUAUUGGAUGCUUAAAGAAGGUGGAGUUCUCAGCGGACACUCUUCGACUGAACCUCAUCGACUUGGCUAGAACCGGCAGCAAAUUGAUAACCGUAACAGGAAGGUUGGAAUACUCCUGCAUAGCUACCGACUCUGCGGACCCAGUUACAUUCACCACUAGGGACGCCCAUUUGAUACUGCCAAAAUGGGAAGCAGUGAAGACAGGAACAAUAUCGUUCAAAUUUCGAACGAACGAACCAAACGGACUGAUCUUAUUCAACAUGGGCGCCAAGCCACCAAGGGUAGGUUGCACGGCUGACCUUUUUGCUGUGGAGAUCCUCAAUGGCUAUAUCUACGUGCACGUCGAUCUUGGAUCUGGCGGGGUUAAGGUUCGAGCAUCUAGGAGACGGGUGGACGACUCGCUCUGGCAUGACUUUCUCCUGAGGAGAAGUGGCAGAGACGGCAGAGUUACUGUUGAUGGUGCUAACGCCGAGUUUAAGACUCCUGGUGAAUCUAAUCAGCUGGAGCUGGACGGUCCUCUGUACGUCGGUGGACUCGGUUCAGAGUACUCAGCUUCCAGAACCCCACCGGUUCUUUGGACGGCUGCCCUUAGACAAGGUUUCGUUGGCUGCGUUAGGGACUUGACACUGAACGGAAAAUCUCAGGAUCUGACGGCUUUUGCACGACAGCAAGAUUCCGCAUCAGUGCGCCCAGCCUGCCACGUGCUGAUGAAGCAGUGCGUGAGUUCCCCGUGCCAGCACGGCGGGAUCUGCUCCGAGGGGUGGAACAGACCCCUGUGCAAUUGUUCUGCUACGAACUACGGCGGACCAACUUGUGGAAGAGAGUCCCCAACAAUAUUCCUCAACGGCAGCCAGCACCUCACAGCGUCUCUAGGGCCAGAGCACGUGACCCAGACGGAGGAAUUAAUGCUUCGAUUCAGGACCAGUAGGGCUGGUCUCUUGCUGCGAACCGCAUCAGAGCAUUCGGCGGAUCGAAUAGAAUUGGCCGUAGCUGCCGGUCGGAUCAGAGCGAGCGUCAGGCUUGGAGACAGGGAGAAGAACCUUCUAGCAGGAACUAACGUAGCGGACGACAACUGGCACACGGUCCGGUUCUCCCGCCGGGCCUCGAACCUGAGGCUGCAGGUUGACGGAGCGGCCUCGGUGCGCGGUACGUUAUCCGAAACCAUACUAGGCAAGGCGUCGACUUUAGAGAUAUCGACUCUGCAUCUUGGCGGAUUGUACCACCCGGAGGAAGAAAUCCAGAUGACCUCGACACUACCGAACUUCGUUGGAUACAUACAGAAAUUCGUUUUCAACGGCAUCAAGUAUAUCGAUAUGGCCAAAGCACUCGGCGUCGGAAGCGGCGAAGAGCACAACCGUAUAUACGACACGUCGAAUAUAAUUUUCAACGGGAGAUUCGUGAAGCCAGACUCCCUGAACGUUUACAAAGCGGUUACAUUCAAAUCGAAGCACACGUACGUGGGGCUGCCAUUGUUGAAGGCUUACGCGAACACGUAUCUAGACUUUUACUUCAGAACGACAGAAAUGGACGGUCUGUUGUUCUACAACGGCGGAAAGAAGCAGGAUUUCAUCGCCAUAGAACUGGUGAGUGGGCACGUUCACUGCGUCUUCAAUCUGGGCGAUGGCGUGGUCACAAUGAAGGACAAACUGAAGAACUUCUUGAACGACAACCGCUGGCACACCGUGUCGGUCAGACGACCCACGCCGAAGAUACACACGCUGCAAGUCGACGAUGACAUCGAAAUGCACACAACUAGCUCAAAUUUAAUGUUGGAACUGGACAGUGUCUUGUACGUAGGAGGCGUGCCCAAGGACAUGUAUACUGUACUGCCGGUGGGCGUACUUUCCAGGCAAGGUUUCGAAGGUUGUAUGUCCAGCCUUGACCUGCCAGGGGAAUCGCCAUCAUUAUUAGAGGAUGCCGUUGUACCUAGCUCAUCUUUGGGGUCUGGAUGUGAAGGUCCAACGAAGUGCACCCACAACGCAUGCGCGAACAAGGGUGUGUGCGUGCAGCAGUGGAACACGUACGUGUGUGAUUGCGACCUCACAUCUUUCACUGGGCCCACGUGCUACGACGAAUCAAUAGCGUACGAAUUCGGACCAAGCAGAGGGACAAUAACCUACACGUUCCCGCCCAGCUCAGUGGCGGAUACGGAGACGGACAAAGUGGCUCUAGGAUUCGUCACCAGCAAAGCAGAUGCUGUGUUACUGAAAAUCGAGUCUUCAAACACUCAAGAUUAUAUGCAGAUGGAGAUUAUUCGCGGAAACCUUUUCAUGGUGUAUAACGUUGGUGCCGGUGACCAUCCGCUCGGCGACGAGACGACCAGGGUCGAUGAUGGAGCGUACCACGUGGCAAGGUUCACGAGGAACGGCAGCCGGUCGUCGCUCCAGCUCGACAACUAUGACGUCAUCAUUCGGCAUCCGCAAGGUGGUCAGCAGUCGACGAUCUUCAACAGCAUGUCGGUGGUGACGGUGGGCGGCGGCGGCGGCUCGGCGCGCCCGUACAGCGGCGUGCUGGCGGGGCUGGUGGUGGACGGCGUGCGCGUGCUGGAGCUGGCGGCGGCCGGCGACCCCGCCGUGUCCGUGCGCGGUGACGUCAGACGUGCGCACGCGCCGCUCGACAGGGACAUCAACAGGAUGCAACAGACCCCGCCAUCGGGCUACGGAGGGCCGGGAGUACUGGACGAGCUCGUGUACUCGGGAGCAGGCUCAGGAUGCCGAGAUGAUGACGAAGACGCUUGCGUACUCCCCGACGCGGGGUCUGGUGAUGACCUCAUAACUCCCGUUUAUGUACCUUCGACUAGGAGACCACCUUCGAAGACGCAUAAGGGCGACACGAGCGGGAAGCUGAUGAAGCCUUGCGAUGACGAGGACUGCAUCGAGGGUUCAGGGUCCAACGGCGAAGAGAUCACGGAACCAGAACGUCCGGCGACAACGUCGAUGUCGUCCAGCACGCACAGCAUGACGCCGCCCGCGCCCGCCACCACGGAGCGGCUGCGGCCCGACGUGACGUCACCCGACGUGACGUCACACGAGGUGCCGCGCACCACGCUGCCCGACCACGACAACAUCCACGCCGCCACGUUCGGCGUGCACACCGAGACCAACAGAAAGACAACCCCGGACGACCACACGCAUACCGCGCAUUUCACUCCGACCGAUCGCCACGAAGAGGAGCCGACGCACACCACCGCCGAGGACACCAACCACAUGCCGGAGUACGAAGACCGCAACGAGAACGAGAUAGAAGCUCGCACGCCCACCUACGAGAUCGAGGGGGAGCAGGACAGAGCGCCCGGGCGAGUCCACCCGGACUACAACGGCUACGAGCACGAGAUCACCACCAAGUGGUAUCACCCGAAGACGACGGACAACAGAGUCGUGCCGCCAGAGUCGGAGUUCUUUGCCACUAUCGUUGGCAUAGUGGCGUCGAUACUGAUAGCCAUAAUAUUGAUAGUCAUAAUUGUGCUCAAAUACAUCGUGUUCAAGUUCGACCCUUCGUACAAGGUCACAGAGGACAAGAAUUACCAGCAAGGAGCCAGCGCCGCGUUGCUAGGCAACCAGAGUCACUCUGGAUACCAGACGGGAGUGCAGGGCGGCGUGGCGGCGGGGGGGCAGGGGGGCGCGGGCCGACCCCUGCAGCCGCUCGCCGCGCCCCCGCCCCACCCCGUCAAGAGGGACGGAAUCAAGGAGUGGUACGUCUAGACCACAGACGCUACAAUAACCCGAUUUAAUGUUAAUGGCUUAAUCACGACACGCUGUAAACAACACACUGAUAUUAAAAGAGCAGUGUUGAUGGU